ACUCGAACGCUGGGGCGCGAACGGCGCUGGAGCGUUGCUCAGAGCGCACGGGCAGAAUGACUCAGUCCGUGGUGGUCCAGGUGGGCCAGUGCGGAAACCAGAUCGGCUGCUGCUUCUGGGACCUGGUGCUGAGGGAGCACGCCGCCGUCAACCAGAAAGGAAUUUAUGAUGAGGCCAUAGGCAGCUUCUUCCGGAAUGUGGACACCAGGGUGGUUGGUGAUAGUGGCAAUAUUUCCAGGGGGAAAAUAGGAUCCUUAAAAGCACGGGCUGUUUUGAUUGACAUGGAAGAAGGAGUAGUGAAUGAACUUCUCCAGGGACCAUUGAGAGACUUAUUUGAUGGCAAACAGCUCAUCACUGAUAAGUCUGGGUCAGGAAAUAAUUGGGCCGUGGGUCACAAAGUUUUUGGAAGUCUUUACCGAGAACAGAUUUUAGAGAAACUCAGGAAGUCAGCAGAGCACUGUGACUGCUUGCAGAGUUUCUUCAUACUACACUCCAUGGGAGGAGGAACGGGUUCUGGACUUGGCACCUUUCUUUUAAAGGUUCUUGAAGAUGAAUUCCCAGAAGUAUUCAGAUUUGUAACAUCAGUGUAUCCUGCCAGUGAGGAUGAUGUCAUAACCUCCCCUUACAAUAGCAUAUUGGCAAUGAAGGAACUUGAGGAGCAUGCAGACUGUGUUCUGCCCAUUGAUAAUCAAUCUUUAUUUGACAUCAUUAGCAAAAUUGAUCUUGUAGUGAAUUCUGGAAAGUCAGGCGCAGUGGUGAAGCCAGAGAGUCUGGUCACUUCAAAUGAUGGGGCUCUGAAAAGGCGACACAAGAAACCCUUUGAUGCAGUGAACAACAUUGUAGCAAAUUUGCUGCUCAACCUCACAAGCUCUGCAAGGUUUGAAGGGCCCCUUAACAUGGAUCUUAAUGAAAUCAGCAUGAAUUUAGUUCCUUUUCCUCGACUCCAUUUUCUUGUGUCAAGCCUAACCCCCCUGUAUACACUGGCAGAUGUUAACAUUCCUUCUCGGAGAUUGGAUCAGAUGUUUUCAGAUGCCUUUAGUAAAGACCACCAGCUAAUUCAAGCAGACCCCAAACAUAGUCUCUACCUUGCCUGUGCCCUCAUGGUUAGAGGAAAUGUACAGAUUUCAGAUCUUCGCAGAAAUAUUGAAAGAUUAAAACCUACUCUGCAGUUUGUCUCCUGGAAUCAAGAUGGCUGGAAGACGAGCCUGUGUUCAGUUCCUCCUGUGGGCCACUCUCACUCAUUAUUAGCUUUAGCAAAUAACACGUGUGUGAAACCUACUUUUAUAGAGCUGAGAGAAAGGUUCAUGAGACUCUACAAGAAAAAGGCUCACCUCCAUCACUAUGUGCAAGUGGAAGGGAUGGAGGAAAGCUGCUUUGCAGAAGCGCUGUCAUCACUGUCCGCACUCAUACAGGACUACCACGAACUUGAUGUCACAAGGAACAUGCCUGGGCAUGAUGUGCCUAGGCUCAGCGUAGCUGUGUAAAUAACAGACCAGACUUAACACCUAUGACUUUUCCUGGCUCACCUUGUUCAGCAUUGCUGUGAGUCAGAAAGCCCAUUUGUUGUACAGAACGUCAGGAAGUAUUUUGUAUACAGCAGUGGUUUCUAUGUGAUAGAAUUUGUUGGUGAUACCAGUGUGUGAAUUAGUGAAGGCAUACUACCUUCACUUCAAAUAGUCUGCCAAAACUAAGAGAACAGAGAGCCCAGCCUGGUGUUGAGUGCUAUCUUCAAGGCAGAGGCGAGACUGAGGCAAGAGGGGUGUAGGUCCAAGGCCAGCGUUGACCAUGUAUGAAAGUGAAAAUUAUUCAGAGUUCUUCCAUACUUUGCUUUGUGUAUAGCUUUAUGUUUAGGCCUUUAUUUGACACUAAUAAUCAUAGAUAAGUAAACAUUUUGUAUGGAUUAUUUUAUAUUAAUACCUAAUAUUUUUAUAUUCUGUUUAAGUGCUCCUGAAAAAGUAGAUGCCUAGGAGUUGCAUACAAUAUAAAUAAUUAUACAUACUGUCCAUUAACUUUUUAGGGAUUUUUUUUUAAUUUUUUGGUUUAUUUUUAUUUAUUUAUUUGAGAGCGACAGACAGAGAA